UUUCGUUUUUUCGUUUCUCUGUUCUCUCUGCUCUGGAAUUCUGCUCUAUUAUCAGGCAAAGUUUUCCUCAGCCCUACAUGCCAAGCAACGCCGGCCCGUUUCAUGGUAGUCGAAUAGAUUAGUGCAGUCGGACUAGGCGAAGGCGAUCUUCCUGUAGUCAGGGUUCGUGUGCGUGCGACACGUUCUAGUGCGUCGUCAUUCUCAGCUUUCCGUUUUCGCCAGAGCGCUUCGAGUAUUCUACCGAAUCCGCCUCUGAAUCCUUCCUAAGUAAAAUUUAGGUUUCUUUUCACGCUCAUCCCGAGCUGGCCACGCCUUGGUGUAGAGCUCAACUGGGUGUUACGAUUUACCGGGUGUCGUCAUUGGCAGGGGGUUGGGAUUAACCAGGUGUGUUGGGGCUGACGGGGGGUUGAGAUGGGGAAGUUAGGGAAGGCGAAGGCCAAGGCGAAGGUGUCAGAGCAGCCGCUUAAAUACGUCGGUACGACGGACCCGAUCGCUGCAGCGAGGCACGUCAAGUGGGCGCGAGUGGCGUUCUUCGUCGCUAUCGGAAUCGAUAUUGCCUUCACCCUAGCUCUGCAUUAUUCUCUCCACAACGCCGUCUGGACCCCCGAUUUAAGCUCCUUCAGCGAAUUCGUUGAAAGCCUCCUCAGCUUCAAGUCAGACUCCCUCGAUCUUAUCCUGAUCGCAAUAAUCAGGGCAAUCUCUCUGUCAAUCCUAUCAGAAAUAGCCGCUCGGUACGCGUGGCAGGAAGGCUGGGAGCUAGAAAUCCCUAGGAAGGAAGAGAAGGGGAAGGGAGGAGGGGGGUCAGGAGGAGCCAAUGCAGCAAGGAGAGGGUCUCAGGAUAUAAACGGGGGGUUGACUGCUCCGCUCCUGGUGCGUGGGACACCGAUGGAGAAGGACAAAAAAGAAGGGGAAAGAGAGGAGGAGGAUGAGGAGGAGGAGAAGAAGCACGAGGUGAUAUCGUGGAAGAAGGAUGAGGAGGACCAGGGCUUUAAGGAGUGGAUGAGCAACGUGUCAGCUAAGGACGUGACCGUCUUCGCCUCCUUCCUCCUCUGCACCUUCUUCCAGGUGUACGUGGGCGCCAAGUGCGUCAACUUCGCCUUCCCCAACGAGUUGCUCCAAGGAUGGCUCAUGGGGUCGGCCAUCCUCUGGAUCAACGCCGAGUCAACGCUCCUGGGGAACCUCUCCGAGUCCAGUGGCGUGCUGGGGCGGGCACUGGCGCUAAGGGAGAAGAAGGCGGAGCACGCAGCACAUGCACAUGCACACGGGCUCGGGCACGUGCAUGGGGCGAGGAGGAGGUCGUCUGAGGGAGAAAAUGGAGCCGGAGUGGAAGUGACUACCUCUGCUGGCGGCUCACACGGCGUUACCAGCAAACCUCGACCCAGCAACGCCAGUCACCAGGGGGAGCACGAGGAAGUGUUAGACGAAAAUGCCCUAAGAGGAGACAAGGGCAUCCGAGUGGAGAAGGUGCUCACCCCCCGGCAGUACCUCAUGCGCUCCAUCGGCCUGGCUUACAAGGAGCUGCCGCUUAUAGUCACCGGCUUCACGUGCCUUGCUGUCACGUCCGGGGCAGGGCUGCUCAUCCCCACCUACCAGGGUCGGAUCGUCGACGACGUGAAAGACGCCCACGUCGACAAAGCCAAGUUCCAUCAAGAUGUGAUCGCCAUGGCGCUGUGUUCCCUCGUGACCGGCAUCUUCGGCGGGCUGCGGGGGCUCUGCUUCUCCGUGGUCGGGAAACGGGUGCUUAAGACCCUCCAGGACAAGCUGUUCGAGGGGGUGAUCAUUCAAGACAUCGCCUACUUCGACUCCACCACCACCGGGGAGCUCACCUCCAGGCUGACCAACGAUGUGGCGGCAAUGUCAGAGCCUAUCAACUGGCAGCUGUCGGCGCUGGUGCGCAACAUGGCGUCGCUGGUGGGCGGCGUGCUGCUGUGCUUUGUGACCUCGUGGAAGCUGAGCAUUCUGGCGUUUACCACCAUGGCGCCAAUCCUGCACAUUACGGCUGUGUACUCGCGCUGGUCUAGGGACCUCAACAGGAAGCGAUAUGCGGUACUGGCUGAGGCCAACAGCGCGGCGUCAGAGGCACUGAGCAACAUCCGCACGGUACGGGCGUUCUCCACAGAGACGGUGGAGCGGGACCGGUACGAGAGCAAGACCAUGGCCGCCAUGGCCAAGGGCGUGAGGGACGCCCUCGCUUACUCGGGCGCCGUCGCCAUCAACAACUGGCUCGACCUGGGGGCCUCCGUGCUCAUCCUCUGGUACGGCGGAGUGCUGGUGAUGGAGGGGCACAUGCGGCUGGGGCAGCUGAUCGCCUUCCAGCUCUACUGGAACCUGAUCCAGUCCGGCUACCAGAGCAUCAUGUCAGUCCUCAUGUCGCUCACCAAGGCCUCUGGCGCUGCACAGCGCGUGCUGUCCCUCAUCGACUCGCUGCCGGAUAUUGACCCAGAUGCCGGCACCAAGGUGUCCACGCUGCAGGGCUCCAUCCGCAUGGAGGACGUGCACUUCCACUACCAGAUGCGCCCAGACCACCCAGUUCUCAAAGGUGUAUCCCUGCAUGUCGACCCCGGUCAGGUGUGCGCCCUGGUGGGUCGCAGCGGCGGCGGCAAGUCCACAGUCGUGCAUCUUCUCAUGCGCUUCUACGACCCCGUGCACGGCCGCAUCGUGAUGGAUGGACGAGAUCUGCGCGAGCUGAAUCUACGGUCCGUGCACGCGCACAUGGGGCUGGUGGCGCAGGACACGCAGAUGUGGGCGUGCAGCAUUGAGGAGAACAUCGCUUAUGGGCUGCCGACUUACACCAGGGCUGAAGUGGAAGAGGCUGCCAAGCACGCCAACGCACAUGACUUCAUCACCAAGUUCCCUGAGGGCUAUGCCACUCGCGUGGGGGAGAGGGGAGUUCGGCUGUCAGGCGGCCAAAGGCAGCGCAUUGCCAUUGCUCGCAUGUUGCUGCGCCGUCCGCGAGUGCUCCUAUUGGACGAGGCCACGUCAGCACUGGACGCAGAGAGCGAGGCGCUGGUGCAGGGAGCUUUGGACCGGCUGAUAGCGGAGGGUGGGCGCACCAUCGUGCUGGUGGCACACCGGCUGUCGACUGUGCGGAAUGCCAACAGCAUCUGCGUGCUGGAAGGGGGGCGCGUGGCUGAGAACGGCACGCACGAGCAGCUGCUGCAAAUACCUAAUGGGGUGUAUGAGAGGCUGGUGAGGAGGCAGCUAAGCAAGGCAGCCAACACCCUUGGAGGUAUCGAGUCGUCAGCAGCCGCAGCUGACAAGCACGAUCGUAUCGAUACUCUGAUAGAGGAAGUGCACUGAGGUGCAUGAGUUCCCUCCCGCAUUGUAUCUGCUCGUUGUUACCGGCAACAUCAUACAAGAGUAGAGUUUAAGAAAAACUACUCAGUUGUAGUAGUUCGUUCGUUCGCACGGCGCAUGUUGAAAGACAGUUAACAUUCAGGGGUGCACAACCAUAUGUGUUGCAAAGGGGUUCCCAAUCUCAGAUCAGAUCAGAGUGUUUCGACUAAAUGUCCAAACAGGAU